UUAACUGACACUGGAGUUAGGGAGGAAGCAAAGGAACAAAAUGAGAAGCAAAAGUAAAGCAAGAAAAGGUGGAGAGAGCAGCAAUUUGCAAGUUUUCAAUUUUAAUGAGAUGAAGGAAGCUACAAAUGAUUUUUCGUUUGACAAUAAGCUUGGACAAGGUGGAUACGGACCUGUUUACAAGGGAAAGUUGAGAAAUGGGCAAGAAAUAGCAGUGAAAAGGCUCUCAGAGACUUCUUCUCAAGGAUUGGAACAAUUUGAAAAUGAAGUGAUCCUUACAGCAAAAUUACAACACAUAAAUCUUGUAAAAGUGGUGGGUUUUUGCGUUGAAAGAGAAGAAAAGAUGUUGAUCUACGAAUAUAUGCCCAGCAAGAGCUUGGAUUACUACAUUUACAAUCAAGACAGACGAUUACUUCUAGAUUGGGAAAAACGAGUGCAAAUAAUUGAAGGCAUUAUUCAAGGGCUAUUAUACCUCCAAGAAUACUCAAGAUUAACAAUUAUCCAUAGGAAUUUAAAAGCCAGCAAUAUUCUAUUGGACUUACACUUGAAAUCAAAGAUUUCCGACUUUGGAAUGGCAAGAGUAUUUAAGAAGGAUGAAGUUGAAGCAAAUACAAGACAUAUAGUUGGAACACCGUAAGCAAUA